CUGCCUCUACCCCAUAUUAUAUAUUUCAAAUACCCGGAGCAACUAGUGUUAUUUCUCAAAGCUUCUUUUAUAGAUCAUAUAUCCUGCUCUCUCUCUUCUCUCUCUGUGUUUAAAAAGCAAAAUAAUUAAUGGGUCUGAGAGACAUAGGGGCUUCACUCCCUCCUGGGUUUCGUUUCUAUCCGAGCGACGAGGAGUUGGUUUGUCAUUACCUGUACAAGAAGAUCACCAAUGAGGAAAUUCUCAAGGGUACUUUGGUCGAAAUCGACUUGCAUACAUGCGAGCCAUGGCAGCUUCCAGAGGUGGCAAAGCUGAACACGAACGAAUGGUACUUCUUCAGCUUCCGUGACCGUAAAUACGCCACGGGAUUCCGGACAAAUAGGGCGACGACGUCUGGGUAUUGGAAGGCGACAGGGAAGGAUAGGACCGUGCUGGACCCAAUGACACGCGAGGUUGUAGGGAUGAGGAAGACGCUGGUGUUCUACAGGAACAGAGCCCCCAAUGGCAUGAAGACUGGUUGGAUCAUGCAUGAAUUCCGCUUGGAGACCCCACACAUGCCCCCCAAGGAGGACUGGGUUUUGUGUAGAGUAUUUUACAAAAGCAGAGCAGACAACACUGCCAAAUUCAGCCCGCAAGACAUGUUUGAGACUGCCCCUUCCUUUACUUUGCCUUCAUCUCCGACCAAUCAAACUGUGCCUCCUGGCUUCACCACUUUCACCUCCAUUCCACCCCAUGAUUACCAAUACCAGAACCAGAACAGCUCUCUCAUGAAUCUCCUUCAGUUUUCUCGGGGAACAAACAUUAGUACUGUCUCUCACAGUAUUCCAAAAGGAGAUCAUGUUGGAUAUGACGAUGGAUUCUUAUGGGACAUGGAUCUGGAAGAAAACAGCAUCCACCACAAUGACGUGGCCUCAAACUUGGACGGAAUGAGAUUCGAUGUUGAUAAUGACAGUAUGGUUUUGUUAUAAGAAAAAUGUGCAUGUGUAUAUCUAUGGUUCAUAUCACCCAAAUUACCAAAAAUUGCAGAUCUGUGAAAAAAAAAUGCACAUAUGUGGAGUUUGUCUUUGAGAGGAGUCAAGUGCUUCGCUUGAACUUCCAAAGAUGUUUUAAGGUUGUGGCAUAUACUGUCCAAGUUCUUAGCGUAUGAGGUCGUUUUGAGAUUUUUCCCCCCUUCCUUUAAUGUAAUUUAGUUAUAAUUAUCCCAUUAGCAUCCAUUGGGACAGUCCUUUUAAUUCAUGUACAAUUAAUUUGUUCACUAUCUGAUCAGUAUCAGAAACAUGCUCAUUGUUUUCUUUUCA